CUUUGUUUCUCUAUCGGCCUUCUUUGCUACCUUUGAUCUUCCUUAACCGUAAUCAAUUGCCUUUAAACCACCCUUCCUCGACAUGGCAGCUACGUACACUGGAAGCUGCAAAUGCAGCGCGAUUAAGAUUGAGAUGCAAGGGGAGCCAGACAUAAUAGGUCUCUGCCACUGCAACAACUGUCGAAAGUCGACAGGGUCUGCGUAUUCGACAAACGCGAUAUUCCAAAAGUCUGCAUUUACUAUCGUCUCUGGGGAGGCGAAAGUGUUCGAGGCCAAGGGCGGCAGUGGAAAUCCUGCAUACGUCAAUUUCUGCAGUAACUGCGGCUCCACAAUGUGGACACUGACGCCGAUGCGGACGGAGAUAGUCGUUGUCAAGAUGGGCGUCUUAGACGGCGAUGCGUUUGAGAAGCUGACUCCUAAAGUGGAGUCGUUUACCUCGAGAAGGCCCAGCUGGGUGAAUUGCGUGGAUGGGGCUACGCAGUUUGAAAACGGGUUUCCUAAGCCACCACCACAGUAGUGGCUGCGAUAGAGAUAGACGUGUUGGCUAUUCAUGGCAUAUGGCAAUUCCGGCGGCAUCGUAUAAUUGUUAUCUAUGCGGAUAUGACAAGAAAUUUAUACUGAUUAUACUGUUUGAAUUCUCU